AUGGCAGACAACGUGAGCACCAGAAUGGACGCCCCGACAAAUAUCUCACUGAAUCCAAGUGAUGUAGUCUCCAAGUCCCUCGAGUACAAGAUGGUCUCUAUCUUUCUGGUUCUGCUGGUGUGUGGAGUAGGCAUCGUGGGAAACAUCAUGGUGGUCCUUGUGGUAAUUACCACACGUCACAUGAGGACGCCCACCAACUGUUACCUAGUUAGCCUGGCGAUUGCGGAUCUCACGGUGCUGGUGGCGGCAGGACUGCCCAACAUCUCGGACAGCCUGACUGGCACAUGGAUGUUUGGGCACGCCGGUUGCCUGGGAAUCACCUAUCUGCAAUACCUGGGAAUCAAUGUCUCCUCAUGCUCCAUCACAGCCUUCACUGUAGAGAGGUACAUAGCCAUCUGCCAUCCAAUGAAGGCUCAGAUGGUGUGUACAGUUUCUCGGGCCAAACGAAUCAUCGCCGGCGUUUGGAUCUUCACCUGUGUCUAUUGCAUGCUCUGGUUCUUCUUGGUCGACAUUCAGGUCAGCCAGGAAGGACAUGUGCAGUGUGGUUACAAAGUGAAACGGGACCUUUACCUUCCCAUCUACCUCAUCGACUUUGCCAUUUUCUAUGUUAUCCCACUGCUGCUGGCCAUUGUGUUGUACGGCCUGAUAGCACGGAUCCUCUACCUCAGCCCUUUGCCAAAACAUUCUGAUGCUGGCACCAUCACGGCAGGCGCUGCCACACUGCGCCGCAGCUGCCGGGAAGGCACCGAACCAGAGAAGGGGGGUCGACAGACCCGGCCAAAGCGCGCACUAUCCUCUAGGAAACAGGUGACUAAAAUGUUGGCGGUGGUGGUGAUUCUGUUUGCCCUGUUGUGGAUGCCCUACCGGACAUUGGUUCUUAUCAAUUCUUUUGUGUCCACGCCCUACCUCAAUGCUUGGUUCAUCCUUUUUUGUCGGACCUGCAUCUACGCCAACAGUGCAAUCAACCCUGUCAUAUACAACGCCAUGUCUCAGAAGUUUCGCUCAGCAUUUCGUGGGCUCUAUCACUGCCAGCGGCCAGAGGGACACCAGAGGUCACUGUUGAUGGUCCAAACUACCUACAGCAUGGUUCGUGAUCCAUGUAUGUCCCAAACUAACAGCAAUGGGACCAACAAAAAGGCAAGGAGAGCCGCCCUCUCUGACACAAUCAUAAAACAGAGGGUAAAAGACUAUAAUCCUGUUAAGGAAAGGAGAAAUACAAAUUGCUGGGAUGGAGACAGCAAAAACACAGCCAGAAAUGAAAUUGCACAAACCCUAGAUCAAACACAAAAAAAUGAGGAUAACAUGGUUCAUACUGUUGUAUAG